UCUACUCUCACAUAAACAAAAAAAGGAUACCCAAAGAAGAAAGAAUUGAACUGAGAGAAAUCAAAUCAUAGCAAUACACAAACAAGCUAGCUAAAAAAAUCUUGAAAACUUUGAAAUUGAAGAUAUGGAGAAUUCAAAGAGCAGCAGAGAAGAAGAAGAAGAAAGAAACGAAGACAACAGAAGCAACAGCUCAAGCAACAGCACAGUUGAAGAGCACAAUGGGAAGAAGGGCAGCUCUGGAUCUGUACGGCAGUAUAUCCGCUCCAAAAAUCCCCGUCUCCGGUGGACCCCGGAGCUCCACCUCUGCUUCGUUCACGCCGUUGAGAGGCUUGGUGGAGAAGAAAAAGCAACGCCAAAAUUGGUGUUACAACUAAUGAACGUUAAAGGGCUAAGCAUUGCUCAUGUCAAGAGCCAUCUUCAGAUGUACAGGAGCAAGAAGAUUGAUGAUCCCAAUGAAGUUAUUUCACGACAAAGAAGACUCCUACUUGAUGCCGGAGAUCAACAUAUCUAUAACCUCAGCCAACUCCCAAUUCUACAAAAUUUCAACAAUCACACAUCAAUUUCUACCUUGAGAUAUAGUUGGGCAACACCAAACAUGACCAGAAUUGGACUCUAUGUGCCAGCACCACCACCAUCAAAUGAGGCCAAAAAUGGAUAUUUUUCAACAAAUUCUUGGAGAUUUCUUGAUCACAAAAACGUAAUGUUGAAUCAAAGAUUCUGGCAAACUGCAUCAAACUUCCACCAAACAAGCAAAGGCCUAGAACAAGCGAAUGCCCGCGCGUUUCCUCUGUUGAAGAGAAAGCAAGCCCACGCGAAGCUCAACCUUGAUCUCACUCUCUCUCUCUGAAGAAAAAUGGGAAGAAGACGAAGGCCGCGUAUGAUCAUGAAGAGGUCGACAGCAGCU